AUGGCGCGGGCGUGGUCGCUUCCGGGCGACUCCAGGGCUGGGCAGCGUCGUUCGCGCGAGCAGCGGACCGCUGCCAGGCGGGCGGCGCAGGACUCGGUCGACCGGCUGGUCCAACGCCUCACACUGGAGCUUGGCGAGCUGAAAGCGCGGGUCGUGCAGCAGGAGGCGGCCUUGGACAUGGUCACAGGCGCGCAGGGCGUGGCCGACCGUGUGCAGGCGUUCGUCCCCGGCUCGCUGCGCUGGCUCGAGGGGAAGAGCCGAUAUGGCUGGACAAACUGCGCCGCAACGUGGCGUUCCACGCGGUCGCCGUGGUGUGGAGUCGCUGGCGGUGCCGAGCGUGUAGGUCCUGCGGGCUGUCCAGCAUGGGCCCCGCCUGGGACAGCCUUCGGCGCGAGCAGCCACGGGGAAGAGGACGAGGCGCAGGCGGAGGCGCGGCGGCGGGUCGGCGGCUCAGGCCUUGCGCUGCUCGGCCCCAGCCUUCAUCCUUCAUGCCGUGCGCAGCCGCGCCUCUUGGUGUGCGGUGCAGCUGCGGAGCGGUCGCGUUCUCGUCGUGCUUCCUGCCUGCUGCCUCCCGCGGGCGGCUUGGACGGAUUCUUGGAGCAGGUGGACGUCGACGUGGACGAGGCCUUCCUGGUGUCUCUCGGCGAGGCGACCGUGGAGGGCGGCGACAGCGUGGCGCGCGCGCGGAGGCGCAGCUGA